GGCACUUGCACUUGCACUUGCGCUUGCGCUUGCACUUGCAGCCAGAGAUAUAGAGAGAGAGAGAGAGAGAGAGAGAGAGAGAGGGAGACGACACCGAUGCUAUGCGCCAUUAAAGAUCGGACAACGUGUUUUCUCAAGGUCCUGGAGCUCUGGGCUGAAGGGCGAGGUCGGGGCUAUGGCGAGUGAGGAGGUGCUGUUCGUGAUAAUUCACGGGUGAACUUCCGGAGCACUCGCGGGUUCAUCUGAAGAUCUCGCAGGGUAGCUCUUGAUCCGGCUCCGUAAUGUUUUAGCUUAACGGAACGACGUGAUUUUCGAAGAGCUUCGAAAAUUCGAUAGUGGUGACGGGACAGAAAGAAGCUUCAAUUCGGCUUUUGCAUGUGGUGAAUUGGGACCGGAAUUGCUGUCUCCACGCAACUAUUAGCACCUUCUUGACAUCUUUUAGUGGAGAGUUUAGUGAGUAACAUUUGAAUCAGAGAUCCUGUGGUGGGCUUGUAGACAUCUUGGUUUGUGUCCAGCUGAGUCAAUUCCUUGUGCUGAGUGGUCAAUAUGGCUACUUGGGAAGCUUUCGGAGAGAUUGCGAAUGUGGCCCAACUCACGGGCCUCGAUGCCGUCCGGCUGAUUGGGAUGAUCGUGAAGGCCGCCAACACGGCGCGGAUGCACAAGAAGAAUUGCAGGCAGUUCGCUCAGCACCUGAAGCUGAUCGGCAACUUGCUGGAGCAGCUCAAGAUCUCCGAGCUCAAGAGGUACCCGGAGACGAGGGAGCCUAUCGAGCAGCUCGAGGACGCGCUGCGGAGGUCUUACAUCUUGGUCAACAGUUGCCAGGACCGGAGUUACCUCUAUCUGUUGGCCAUGGGGUGGAACAUCGUGUAUCAGUUCAGGAGGGCUCAGAACGAGAUCGACCGGUACUUGAAGCUCGUCCCCCUCAUUACUCUCGUGGACAAUGCUCGAGUUCGGGAAAGGUUGGAAGUUAUUGAGAGGGAUCAACGAGAAUACACGUUGGACGAUGAGGAUCAGAAGGUGCAAAGUGUAAUCUUAACGCAUGAGCCUUCGAGAAAUGAAACCAUGAUGCUGAAGAAGACUCUGUCCUGUUCCUAUCCAAACCUCUGUUUCAAUGAGGCUCUGAAGAAGGAGAACGAGAAGCUUCAACUGGAACUUCAACGGUCACAGGCAAAUUUGGAUAUGAGUCAGUGUGAAGUAAUUCAGCGCUUACUUGAAGUCACAGAAACUGUUGCCUCAAAUUCACUCCUUGAUGAUGGUUCACCACUCAAAGAAUCCAAGAGAAAGGAGAAAAAUACCUCUGACGCUGAUAGUGACAGAGAACAUUCCGCUGGUGAAACAUAUCCUAAAAAAAGUUCUGCUAGCAAAACUUCAAGAAGUACAUCAUCAGUCUCCUUGGACCAUGAUCUGCGCCCAUCUAAAGGUUCAUAUGGGCAUUAUGACUGGCACACUGACUUACUGGACUGUUGCUCAGAACCACUUCUAUGCUUUAAAACAUUCUUCUGCCCUUGUGAUACAUUUUCGAAGAUUUCUACUGUGGCAACUAAGAGGCCUAUGAGUGCAGGCGAAGCAUGCAAUGACUUGUUGGCCUAUUCGUUAAUACUGUCCUGCUGUUGCUACACGUGCUGUGUCCGAAGGAAACUCCGCAAGAUGCUGAACAUAACGGGAGGUUGGUUUGAUGAUUUCCUCUCCCAUUUUAUGUGCUGCUGCUGUGCCCUUGUCCAAGAAUGGAGAGAAGUGGAGAUCCGAGGGCUCUGCGGUCCUGAGAAGACGAAAACAAGCCCUCCUCCCUCACAAUACAUGGAAUCUUAAGCAGAACUCGCGAGCGGAGCACAUCGGAUGCCUCGGGAACAUAACAUAGAGGCGAUAUCUAGUCGCCUCCAGGAACUUCUCCAGCAUAACAUACACACACUGUAAAGCAGUUCCUUUAAAAUCUCUCAAACUCGAUAGUCUGGUGUAUCAUAGAAGGAUCCUCGGUGUCGGCCUGCCAUUGUCUUAAAUUUGGUUUUCGCGUCUGUUCAUACCAAAAAUUUGCGACCACACAGGGUGAAUGAGAUCCUUCAAUUAUGUUGUUGUGCU